AUCUUACGUGAGCCUCCAGCGUCUGCCUCACCAUCUCCACCACACCACCUCAUGACAUUAUCUCCCUUUAUCCCUUUAUCUUUGAUUAAAAUGUUUUUCAUUAUCUCAUCAAGUGUAACCUUUAACUGUAAAUCUUGCAUUUUGUUUUUGAACUGUUGUUCCUUGAUGUACACUUUGUUUUUGUUUUUUAAUAGUUCUUCUGUAAUAAUUGCAUGAAAACUCCAUCACUGUUUUUUUCACAAAUUGUUUAAAUAUAAAAUAUUUUUUUAUGAUGUUCAAAGCUCUUUACAACAAAAAAAUAUAUAUAAUUUAGUCAUCAAUUAUGAAACAAGCAAUGAAUAUUAAAUUCAUUCAAAAGCCAUCAUAAUUAUCAAGUUUAGUAAAUUGUAAUUCUAUGAAUAAAUCUUUUUGUUUAUGUCUUCAGAGACUAUAAUAGAUUUCAUUUGAAUCAAUGUUAGAUAAUCUUAAAAUUGCUUUCAAAACAUUUUUAAACAUUGACUGACUUUGUUCGGGUUCAAUCCGUUUAUUGAACAAAACUUAUGUUACAUGUUUUUUAAAAUUUGUAAAAUAUUGAUUUCUUAUGUUGAAUUCAGCCGCAUGGCUCCAUCUAGUGGACUAUUAGUAGAGGUGCAGCAACUUGUUUACAUAUUUAACUGAUAUGAAGCAAAGAAAAACCAAUCAGAUCAUCACCUGAUGUUAACACAGUGCCAAUGUUAAUAAUGAUAAACAUUUAGAUAAUAAUGAAUGUUUCUUCCUCAGAUGAAGGUAGAACUUGUGGGUCAGAUGUUGUGAACUGAGCAGCAUGGAGAGGGGCAGAGGCAGAAAAGCUGCCGUUCAUCCAACUGAUAUGAACUUCAGCUAUCAGAGGGAAUAUUCAGGAGAAGCACCAGAAUCUGAUGCAGAAUCUGGUUACAGCAGUCUGUCCUUCCGGAGCAACAUCUCAAAAGAUUUUGAGGUUGACUUUAGAUCAGACCGACCGUCAGCUGCUGAGAGGCUCUCAGAAGAAUCAGACUCUUCCAAAUCUGAACUCAGCGAUUUGUUCAAGAGUAACAGGUUCAUGAGACACAAAGAAAACAGCUGGAACCUUCCUGGUGAUCGUCUAGUCAGAGACAUUUUAGUUGGACCCUCAACACAACCAGCUGAAGCUGUUCCUACAAUGGGAGACUCUUUCAUCAUAGCUAUAGACUUUGGGACUGCAUACAGCGGGUAUGCCUUCAGUAGAACCAACAGCGAAGAUGAAAUUGAUCCUCAUUUGAAGUUCUGGGGUAAAGAAGUUGGCCUGGAAACCCCGAAGACUCCGACCUGCAUCCUUUUUGAUAAACAACAAGAGUUUGUGAGCUUUGGUUACGUAGCCAAGAAAGAUUACCUUUCAAAAAAGGGCCAAGAAGCAAAAGACAUGUUGUUCUUUGACUGCUUCAAGAUGGCGCUCUAUGGCAAAGAAAUCAACAGAGAUCUGAUGAUCAAAGCAGCCAAUGGGAAGUCAAUGAAGGCACUGAAGGUUUUUGCAGAAGCUCUGAGAUUCCUGAAGGAUGAUGCUUUGGAAACCAUCAACUCCAAUACAAGAGGUAAAAAGUUCAUUGCCUCUGACUUCAACUGGGUCCUGACGGUUCCUGCCAUCUGGGAUCCUUCAGCUAAACAGUUCAUGAGAGAAGCUGCAAUGCAGGCAGGCAUUGUGUCAGAGGGAAAUGAAAAUAAACUGGUCUUUGCACUGGAACCAGAAGCUGCUUCAGUCUGGUGUAAAAAGCUUCCAGCUGAAGGUUUCAUCACACAGAACACCAGCAGAAACACCCUGGACCAGUCUCCAGGAACUCAGUACAUCGUCGUUGAUUGUGGAGGUGGAACCAUUGACAUCACUGUUCAUGAAGUCCUGGAAGGAGGAGCCCUAAAGGAGCUGCACAAGGCCUCUGGAAACGACCUGGGAGGACAAAAUGUGGACAGAAAAUUUAAACAGUUCCUGAGAGAAAUAUUCUGUGAUGGAGUCUGGGACAAAUAUGAACAAAACUAUCCUGGAGAAGUUCAGAAAAUAAUGUCUGACUUCACACUUUUCAAAAAGGGGGAUAAAGAUAUGGAAAUCACCUUAUCACUUAACCUGGGAAGAUUGGCUCAGGAUAAAAAGAAGAUUGGAAAGUUCCUGGAAGGAGUUCAAGGAGCUUCCUGGGACAAAGGGUCGAUCAAAAUCUCUAAAAAAAAACUAAGAUCGUUCUUUGACGAGAGUCUGCAGGGGAUCGUAAAGAGUCUAGACGAUAUUGUAAGAAGAGGUUACAGAAUUGGGUACAUUCUGUUAGUCGGGGGUUACGCUGACAGCCAGAUUCUACAGAGACACAUUACUGAAGAGUACAUUGGUAAAUGUGAAGUUCUGUGUCCAUUUAGGCCACAGGAAGCAAUCCUGAAAGGAGCCAUGAUGUUUGGGAGAAACCCAGCAGUUAUAACAUCCAGAAAAAGUGCCUUCACUUAUGGGCUUUCUGUAGCUGAAAGGUUUGAUGCAUCAAAACACAGAGCAGACAAGAAAUACACAAACCAAGAUGGUGUGUGGUGUGACGAUAUUUUCAUGAAACUUGUAGAAAUUGAUGAGGAUGUUGGCUGGAACCAAAUCAAAAGCUUUAGCUUGUAUCCAACAAGCUCUACACAAACAACCAUUAGUUAUUAUUUUUAUCGCACACAACAUAAAAGUCCAAAGUAUGUAGAUGAGGAGGGAGUGAAGAAAAUUGGUGGGUUUGUACUUGACUCACCAAACACUGAACGUGGCAUGAACCGUGAAGUCAAACUGAAUAUCAACUUUGGCUUCACAGAAAUGAAAGCAACGGCCACAGACAUCGAUUCAGGUUCAACUAAAUCUAUCAAACUCGACUUUAUGAGGCGGUGAAAGGCUUUGACCUCCUCAUAAAGUCACAAGAACAUCUGGUGGCUUUCAUGGUAAUUCACUGCUGUUUGUCCAGACAGGAAACAAACUGUAAAACAGUGUAAUAGAGAAACAAUGAAUUGUAACAUUAAUUAUACUUUAAAACAAAUAAAUGUAAAAAUCAUCUGUGAUACUGACCUUUGAUCUCUGUAUAUCUGCAAGUCUUGCAAUAAACUAAUUGUGUUUCUACA